AUACGCUAUCAGCUGAUUCACCGCAGUCCGCCAUGGUAGCGCGACCGGUACGCAUGCGCGCGGCGCUAACACGACGCGUGCGACGUCGCUGGCGUGUGCAACAUUAGAAACAUCUAAAUCCCAGAUGGCUUGAUUUUUUUUUUAUGAUGCCGUGCAACGCGAGAAAGUUUAUUCGGGUGAUAAAGUUCUUGCUGGCGGGGGUUAUGAUUUUCUGUGUGAGCUGGAUCGCCAGUGUCAAUGAAUGGCAUUCGGGGGUGCACUGGGGUGGACGACGAGAACCAGCUGGAUAUGGUGUUUCUACCAUGAGAACUAUUGUGGCGUACUCAGAGGGCAAGCAGGCAGAAAUGGAUCGACCGUCGCCGGUCACUUGCGACCAGAUACCAGCUAUCCCGGUGAUACCACACAUUAAUCGAAGCUGGUCUCCCGGGCCUGCUUCGGACUCAUCUUGGCAAUUAGUGACUGGUACAAGUGUGUCACUAUAUGCGGCGUAUUAUGACGACAGAACGCCCCAACGAUAUGUACGCAUUUUGGCUUCAUUUCACGGAAGAAACUUUUCUACAGAAGAACCCCUAUACUGCCAAACCCGUGUCAUUAGCUCGUUUGAAAACUCUGUGGAAGUAGUUGCAGCUAAACCUUUGGAAAUCUGGUGGCACGAGUGGGAUACCAAUUCUUUAGAUGUGGAAACACCAUUACUUUUAUCUUGUCCUUUAACAGAAUCUCUAUAUAGCCCUUCAGUGGUAUCUAUCGUCACAGAACCAUGUAAUGAUCCUACCAACGCCUUUCUUUUAAAGCCAAAUAAAAAACAUUCUAGAAAUAAACGAAAUUUUACAAUAUGUGUUAAAGAUAUUAAUUUUGAUCAAGAUAUAUCGCUGAAUUUAAUAGAAUGGAUAGAAACAAAUAAAUUACUUGGUGUAGAUAUAAUUGAUAUAUACAUUGAUAGAAUAAAUAAAGAAACUCAGAAAGUUCUGUCGUAUUACAAAGACAAAGGUUACGUUCGGUUAUAUCAAGUUCCUAUUAAAAAUAAGUCAGAUAGAUCUCUUUGGCAAAGAAGACGAGAUCAUAUCAUAACUUAUAAUGAUUGCUUGUACAGAAAUAUAAUAGAAUCAGAUUUCGUAAUCCCUUUAGAUAUAGAUGAAAUAAUCCUACCUAAAGUAGCUGAUAAUUUAGGCACAUUAAUUGAUCGCCUAUCUAAACGGGGCUGGGAUCCGAUACAAAACUCAGCUAUUUUAGUACAGAAUGUCUUCUUCUUUGGUUUCAUGCAAGGAGUAGAUAAAUAUAAAAAAGUUUACAACACAAGUAAAAUUUAUGUUAAAAGAGACGAUGUUCGAAUUAGUAAUAAAGAAAACUUAGAUAUAAGUGAAAUAGAAUUAAUAGAUGAUAAAAAUAGUUUAAGCAAUGAAGUUGCGGAAGUUAUAGAAAGAGGUGUUAAAAUAAAGAAUGAAUACAAAUCUUGGUGUGGUAAAGAAAUACCCGUACCUAAAUUAGCAAGACACGUUGUGAGAUCAGCGAUAGAGAGUCCUAUGGGAUAUUAUAGCAAAAGUAUAAUGCUGACGAGAAGAGUAUUGACAGCAUUUAACCAUUAUCCUUUAGCCAGUCUCGGUAGCUCAGGAUUUGGUGGAUGGUCAGCGCCAUUCAGCGAAGUGCAACUUAACCAUUAUAAGGAGUCGUGCAACACGACGGUGGUGGUAGAGUGCGCGAGGUACGGACGGCGAGCACGCGUCGACCGCGCCGCACUGCGCCUGCGCCGGCGCCUCACCGCUGCCCUUGUCGACGCCAUCUGCGCGCCAAUAAACAUUAUCUGAUACAAA